GGUGUUUACUGGCAAAUGCUUCUUUUGGCCACACCUCUCCCCUUUGUAUACAUAAAUCUCUACUACAACUGUACACUGACAGCAGCAAGAGGCACAGAUGUGGAUGCUGAUCCAACUAGCUCUAGGAACAUGUGGAACCUAAACUCCAGAACUGGAUCUAAUGUUGUCAGAAGUUUACAUUUUCAAUACAUAUCUGGAAUUAUGAUCUACCUCAUAGUAAAAGCAAAAUUGGCAACACCAUCUGUGAUAGACGUUGACCCGCCUUUGAAUGUUAGGGUUGAAGAUCUUGGAUAUUUGGGAUUGAUGGAUGUAACCUGGGAGCCUCCAGUUUCACUAAAUGACAGUCAGUGCACAGCACGAUAUGAAUUACAACAUUAUGAUACUAAUGAACAGCGUUGGAAGUCAGUUAGGACAAAGCAACAAAAGUACAGAGCUGCAUUUAAUUUUGGGAAGGAAAUUGUCAUAAAAAUUCGAACUUACUUGAAAGGAGCAUGUACAGAAGAUGAGGAAAUAUGGAGCAAGUGGAUACAAAUAAAUGAAUCCAUGCCUAUGCAAGGGGAUCCUGAAUCAAGCAUUAAAGGCUUUUACUGCAUCUAUUACAAUUUUGAAACAUUGAGAUGUGAGUGGAAAGCGGGAAAACUCAGCAAUGGCAAUUACGAGUUACAAUACUGGCAACAGGGGAUGUCUGAGAAAGAGACCUGCGAUCACUACUUGAAAACAAAUGGAAAAAACACUGGAUGUACAUUUGGAAGACAGGAACUUCAGCUAUUCUCCAAUUUGUUUGUUUGUGUCACUGGAUUCCCUGGCAUGGAUCCAAUUAGACCUUCAUACUUUACUUUCCAGCUUCAAAAUAUAGGUAAACCUGGUCCUCCAGAAGAUGUAAAUAUCAGCAAAAGUCAGGUUGAUGAAUUCACAUUGGAUUGGACACCACCCAAUGGCAAAAUUCCUUCACACUGUUUAGAAUAUGAAAUUCAGUAUAAAGACCAAACAGAUACUUGGAAGACAAUUGCAGAACAAAGAGAGUCCUUUCAUAGCUUUAACAUGUCUGGGCCAUUGCCUGGAUUCUGUGUCCGUAUCCGUGGAAAAACAAACAGAUACUGUGCAGAUGAUGGAUAUUGGAGUGAUUGGAGCUCCGAAAGCUGUUGGGAAGAGUCAUCGCCACUACCUGAGAUACCUAACAUGAAAUGGGUCUACUGCAUUGGUGUUUUUGCUGCAGUUCUAUUGGGUUUCUUUGUGAUUGCAGUGCUUUAUGUAGUCAGGAAGAAAAGGCACUGGUCAGAGAAGUUACAGCACAAAGCUAAAGAAAUUGUUUACUGAUCGUUCCAAUGCUAUGAACAGAAUUAUGGGUGAUGCAUCAUACAAUACAAUAAAGGUCAUCAGACAGCAGCAAGAUGAACGUUAACGCAUAGCUUCCAUGUUACACUGGACUUACCAUGUUAUAGCACUUUACAAUGAAGAGCAUUUAAAAAGCUACCUAAUUACAAUUUCUUAUGCUAGCUGAAAUUUCCAAAAUGGCCACAUUUCAGACUGUUUAAAUCUUUUUUGUUCCUAUCUUUUUAAUAAAAAAUCAAAAAAAAAUCCUAAAUCAAGCCUUCUAGUUGUGCCCCUUAAAGGGGAAUUUUUAAUUUAAGCCUGGUUGGGACCCUUCCUUGUAAUAACACAGAGAUAUCCCACCUCCAGCAAUCCACAAUUUGGAGCGAAAAAUACGGAAGCAUUACAGUAUCUAAAAAAUAUAUUUUUUUCAUUGUAACUGUUAAUAUUUAAUAGUUAUUCCUAUGUAUUUUAUAUGUCUAUUUUUUAAAAUGAUGUAAAACGAAACUGUCUGUAAAUGGAUGAUUUAUCUAUUUAUAAAUAAAACAAUUUAAACUA